AUGUGCGGCCGCUACGCCCUCGCUCUGCGACCCUCACAGAUCCGCCAGAUGCUCGAGGACGACGACAUGCCCGUCUACGGAGCGCCUGCAGACGAAGACGAUGACGCCGACGCCGACGAAGACGAGGCGGGGCCCCGGCGGAGCUACAACUUUGCACCAGGGUACCGCGGCGUCGUCUACCGCGCCGAUGCUCCCGUGAGUGGGGGAGGAGCCGCCCCCGCUGCGGGGGAGCGAGGUGGCCGCGGCGGUGGCGAGAGUACGGAUGGGGAUGGGGGUAGGGGUAAGGGAGGGGCCGGGGACGAGGACGAGGACGCUCCUGUCAUGGACGCCGGGACGCGGUACAUCCUCCAGACGAUGAAGUGGGGCCUGGUGCCGUCCUGGACGCGGCACAAGGCAGGCUUCUCGGCCAAGACGAUCAACUGCCGCGACGACAGCCUGGCGCGGCCCGGCGGGAUGUGGGCGUCGAUGAAGGCGCGCAAGAGGUGCGUCGUCGUCGCGCAGGGGUUCUACGAGUGGCUCAAGCCGCACGGGCCCAGGGGGGACAAGGUGCCGCACUACGUCCGGCGCGCCGACGGGAGGCUGAUGUGUCUCGCGGGCCUGUGGGAUCGCGUGCGGUACGAGGGGGAUGAAGCGGGGGGGAAGUACACGUACACGUACACCAUCGUCACGACGGACAGCAACGAGCAGCUGCGCUUCCUGCACGACCGUAUGCCCGUCAUUCUGGAUCAGGGGUCGGAUGCGAUGCGCGCUUGGCUGGACCCGGGCCGGGACAAGUGGUCGGCGGAGCUGCAGGCCCUGCUGAGGCCGUAUUCGGGGGCCCUCGAUGUGUACCCUGUCAGCCGAGAGGUCGGAAAGGUUGGCAACGACUCGCCCACGUUCAUCAUCCCCGUUGCGAAGGAGAAAAAGGGGGGCAUUGCUAACUUCUUCGCCAACGCGGCGGCGUCGUCGCCGAAGAAGAGGAAGAAGGAGGACGAAGAGGAGGGCGAGGGUGUGAAGGUCGAGCCUGGGGUGGAAGUGCGACAGGCUGGUGCGGAGGGGCCGGAUACGGUCAUGUGCGAGACGGUUGACGAGGCGGCGGGGCCGGGUGCCAAGAGGGAGGCCUCCUCGCCACCGCCGAGGGUAGAGCUGCCCCCGGCUAAGAAGGGCCCGGCGGCGGAGGCUGUUUCGCCGGUCAAGGGUCGCACCCAAAUCAGCGCGACGAGUAACGCAUGGAAGAGCCCGGGUAAGGCGGGGAAGAGCCCGAGCAAGGCGAGGGGUAAUGGGAAGGGGGACGGAUCGCGGAAGAUUACGCAGUUCUUUGCUAACAGUACCUGA